AUGUCGAACGUCGUAAAAGGUUUGUCUUUGUUGUUUGAUAGGCCCAAUGAGCCUAUGUUAACACCAAAGGGCGACGAAAAUACAAUUUUUCAAAUCACGGAACAAUAUUUGACCGACGACUACAAGAACAAUGGACUCGAGAUCAAUAACCGUUUCGGUGAAAAUGCAUCUGAAAUCAUCCCCUUGCAAAACCUCAAGCGGGUUCCCAAGUUUACUAAAGCGAAGAAAUUGCCGAAAGAUGCCGAUUUCUCUCUGUUCCUGCCGGCUCAUCAAAAGAUGGCUGAUGAAGUUCUCGACGAGCUUAUGGCCGUUCCUGAGAAUCAGCUACAACAAUUUCUAUCAACAUGUGCCUUUGCUCGAGUCUCUCUCAACCCUCAGCUAUUCAAUUAUUGCUUCAGUGUUGCUCUUAUGCACAGACGUGACACAAGAGAUGUGCCAAUAGCCAAUUUUGCAGAAACAUUCCCAUCUAAAUUUCUGGACUCCCAAGUAUUCUCUCAAGCUCGUGAGACCGCUGCAGUAUCAGCUCAAGGUGGAGCGCCUAGAAUUCCCAUUAUUAUACCAAGGGAUUACACAGCCACGGACUUGGAUAUUGAACAUCGUUUAGCAUACUUCCGUGAAGAUAUUGGAGUUAAUCUUCAUCACUGGCAUUGGCAUCUUGUGUACCCAUUCACCGCAAACCAAAGAGAAAUCGUCGCUAAAGAUAGACGUGGUGAACUUUUCUUCUACAUGCACCAACAGAUUAUUGCUCGCUACAACGGCGAACGUCUGAACAACUCUUUGGCUCGCGUGAAUAAAUUCAGCAACUGGAAUGAACCAAUCCCAGAAGCGUAUUUCCCCAAGCUUGACAGCCUCACUUCUUCCCGCGGCUGGCCCCCACGGCAGGCUAAUAUGCGUUGGCAGAGCUUGAACAGGCCGGUAGACGGUUUGAAUGUUACCAUCGAGGAUAUGUAUCGUUGGAGACGGAACAUUGAUGAUGCUAUCGCUACGGGCUUAGUCACCUUGCCUGAUGGAUCUACACGUGAAUUGGACAUCGACACUCUGGGUAACAUGAUGGAAGCGAGUGUUUUAUCUCCAAACAUGGAACUGUAUGGCAGUUUACAUAACAAUGGACAUAGUUUUACCGCCUAUAUGCACGACCCGAACCAUAGAUAUCUGGAAAAUUUCGCUGUAAUUGGUGACGAAGCUACAACUAUGCGUGAUCCGUUCUUUUACCGCUGGCACGCGUUUGUUGAUGACAUGUUCCAGAAAUUUAAGGAAUCUUCGAAUGUUCGCCGGUACACCCGCUCCGAGCUCGAGAACCCCGGCGUGCGAAUAUCAUCAGUGCGCGUGCAGAGCUCAACGGGCGAAGUGAACACGCUCAACACUUUCUGGAUGAUGAGCGACGUGGACCUGUCCCGCGGCCUCGACUUCUCCAACCGCGGGCCCGUGUACGCGCGCUUCACGCAUUUGAACCAUCGUGACUUUGAAUACGUUAUUGAAGCACAGAAUGAUGGCAAUGCCACUCGCGGCACAGUGCGUAUAUUCAUCUCUCCGAAGUACGACGAACGCAAUCUACCUUGGAUUCUAUCAGACCAACGUAAAAUGUUUAUUGAGAUGGACAGAUUUGUUGUACCAUUGAAUCGCGGUCGCAAUGUCAUCACCCGUCGUUCAACGGAGUCAUCUGUGACAAUUCCGUUCACGCAAACAUUCAGAGACUUGUCUCAGCAAUCCAACGUAUCCGCCGCAGACAGAGCUGCCUUCAACUACUGCGGCUGUGGCUGGCCACAACACAUGCUGGUGCCAAAGGGCACGGAGGCGGGAGCGUUGUAUGACUUGUUCAUAAUGAUCUCGAACUAUGAACUGGAUGCGGUACAACAACCAGAUGGAUCAGAGAUGUCAUGCAAACAAGCAUCAAGCUUCUGUGGUAUAAGGGACAAAUUGUAUCCCGAUAAGCGUGCCAUGGGCUACCCCUUCGACAGGCCUUCCAGCUCUGCUUCCAAUAUCCAGGACUUCAUUCUCCCUAACAUGUCUCUUACGGAUAUCACAAUCAAAUUGCAAAAUGUCACUGAACCAAACCCGAAUAACCCCCAAAAUUAAUAUAUUUUACAUUAAUUGUAUAAUCAUUCAUUUAAAUAUGUAAUUUGUAAAAAUGUAAAAACUGAAAGGCUGAUUAAUUUAAGCUUAUGCAUUUGUAAAUAUUGUACAUAAUUUACUGUUAAGUUAUGAUAGCGACCCAUUUGAUUAGAUUUAAAUAAAACAAGCAUCUUGAU